CAAGACUUUUCAUACAACCACUAUUUCCCUAUCAGACAGUCUCAAAAGGCAACCUGGGUCAUCAUAAUCUACAUAGUCAAGUGGCAUCGAUGACAUCAAGCAUUUUAAAUGUUUUCUAGAGAUGUCUGAGGAUGAGAGAGAGUAUGAGUACGUGAACUUCACUGAGAAGAGAGGAGAGAACAUAUGGACAGUAGCAGAAAGUAUGGACACUUUUCGGGUCAAUGACACACAGAGUCGUCUGCAAAGUCAAAGUACAGGACUCAACACUGCAUGGGGCAGGUGUUACAGACUGACUGUACUGUGUGGAGUGUUGUUGUGUGUUCUCCUGCUGAGUGCAGUCAUAGGGCUGUUGCUUAUAUUCAACACCCCGACUACAGAAAACAACCAGUUACAGACCAUCAACAAUAACCUGACAAUCGAAAAAGACCAGUUACAGAAGGAGAAAGAUGAACUUCAUAACAAGUUGCCUCUUCUAUAUACACAUGUCAAAAAUGGAUGGAUCUACUUCAAUUCCAGUAUUUACUACAUGUUUAAUGAGAGCAGGAACUGGGAUGAGAGCAAACAGGACUGCACAAUGAGAGGAGCACACCUGAUGAUCAUAAACAGCAGAGAGGAGGAGGAGUUCCUCCUCAAACAGAUGAUAGGCAGCAAUAAAUUUUGGAUUGGUCUGAGUGACCUUGACACAGAGGGGGUGUGGAAAUGGGUGGACGGUACACCACUGACCACUGCGUACUGGAAUUCGGGGGAACCCAAUAGUAAAGGUGAUGAGGACUGUGCUGAGAUUGAGGAUUUGCAUAGAGGCUGGAAUGACAAACCAUGCUAUUACAAAAUAUGGUACAUGUGUGAAAAUAAUCUGUUUUAGUUGUAAGGUCAAAUUAACAUGAAACAAUGAGAGGAUGUGUUACAGUGAUUUCAUCAUUGGUCAGGGUAUGAUUUGGCCUUAAUUGAAAGACUGAACCUGAAGUAAAAUCACUGUAGUGUGUGCAUUUGGGUCUCUUAUUGGAGGAAAAAAACAACAAUAUAAUCGAGUUUUCAAUACUACUACUACUACUACUAAUAAUAAUAAUAAUAGUAAAGUUUCUGAUGAAUGAUUAUCAAUACAAACAAUUAUUAUGCCAUACAAAAUGUAACUAAUGAGUCAGAAUUUUCAUCUGUGCUGUAUGU